GCUGGCAGGUCUCCUCAUAUAAAAUCAGGUUAGCCUCUUUCAAUCACGAGUAGUCACUGUGUGUCAAGUCAGAUGUAGUAUGAGCACUAAAGAAGCAGUGAAAGAGGCUGAAUGAACGCAAAAGAAAUAGUAGAGUUCUUUAGGGUUUAUUACACAACUACUGGGGUCAUGUUUACAUGUGUGCAAAAGACCUUUGACACUUCAGUCAAAGCUCCCGUUGCUAUUCUGGCUUCAUUUACUGAGGAAUGGAGAGAGAUCUGACCAAGGAAUGAAAAAGACAACACUUCAGGUUCUGCCUGCAGCUGAACGACUAAAUAAGAGGGAAGAUUCAAUCAGAUUCAAUUUGAUAAAGCAAUCAUGGUGGUCUCCUCAGAUAUAGUCUGGUGGUGCUCGCUGGCGCUCAUAGUUCUUGCAGCCAUCGCUUGGUAUGUGAGGGACUCGCUCAAAAUUAGCGACGUCCGUCAGAAAUUUGUGCUCGUCACGGGGUGUGACAGUGGGUUCGGGAACCUGGCGGCCCGCCAGCUCGACCAGCAAGGCUUUCGGGUGAUAGCCGGGUGUCUGACUGAAGCUGGAGCCUCCAGCCUGCAAGCUGUGGCCUCCAAAGGCCUGAAGACGCUGCUUCUUGAUGUGACCGAGAAGGAAAGCAUCGCCAGCGCGGUGGAGAUGGUGCGCCGAGAGGUUGGGGAGAGAGGUCUGUGGGGAUUGGUGAACAAUGCUGGACGGUCUGUCCCUAUUGGCCCAACAGACUGGAUGCAACUGGAGGACUUCAAGCAGGUUCUGGAUGUUAAUCUGAUUGGGCUGAUAGAUGUGACCCUACAGUUCCUGCCUUUGCUGAAGAAGGCUAAGGGCAGGAUUGUGAAUGUAGCCAGUAUACUGGGCAGGCUUUCUAUAACUGGAGGAGGAUACUGUCUGUCCAAAUGGGGGGUGGAAGCAUUUUCAGAUGGACUGAGGAGAGACAUGCAGCACUUUGGCAUGAAAGUGAGCAUUAUUGAGCCUGGAUUCUUCAAAACGCGAGUGACAGACCUGAAUCUUAUUGAGGCUGAUCUGAAAAGACGGUGGGACAGCCUCCCAGCAGACGUGAGGAGGUCAUAUGGAGACUCGUAUCUUCAAGAAUAUUUAAAGAUCCAGGCAUUCUCCAUGGACAUUCUUUGCAGUGAAGACAUCUCAAAAGUGACCUCAUGUAUGCAGCAUGCCCUCUCCGCAAAGUACCCACGUACUCGCUACGGAGCAGGCUGGGAUGCAAAGCUCCUCUGGAUACCUCUGUCUUAUCUGCCUGCAUGUAUAGCUGACUUUGUCAUCACUGCACUCCUGCCAUCACCUAAACAGAGUUGAGUGGUGAAUUUAAUAUACAGUGCUAUGAAAAAGUACUUGCCCCUCAACCGACUACUUCUAUAUUUACUAAUUUGUCACAUUUUAAUGUUUCAGAUGAUUUGACUAAAUUUAAUGUAAGAUUCAGACAACACAAGUAAACACAAAAUGCAUUUUUUAAAUGAUCAUUUCAUUUAUUGAGUUAAAGAUUUAUUCAAAACCUAUAUAACUCAAUGCCGGGAUAGACUCCAGCACCCCCUGCGACUCAGGAGAAUAAGUGGCUUAGACUGUGUGUGUGUGUGUGUGUGUGUGAUGACUCAACUCCUGGAUUAGUCACCAAUGCGCUGUUUGUAAAAUUUUGGUCGGCCGGCCAUUCCUAGGAAGGGUCACCACUGUUCCAAGUUUUCUUCAUUUGUGGAUAAUGGCUCUCACUGUGGUUCGCUGGAGUCCCAGAGUCUUAGCAACGGCUUUGUAACCCUUUCCAGACUGAUAAGUGAUUUUGUUUUGCAUCUGUACUUAAAUCUCUUUAGAAAGUGGCAUCGUGCUGCUUUUUGAGACCUUCUAGCCUGCUUUACAUUGCCAGACAGGAUCUAAGUGAUGUUUAGAUUCAACAGAUCUGGCAGUAAUCAUGCCUAGAUGUGAAAGUGAACUCUGUAGUCAAUUGAAUUUGGUUAACUGUUUGAUUUAGUAGCUAAGGGGGCAGUUACUUUUUCACUUAGGGCCAGGUAGCGCUGAAUAGCAUUUUUCAUUCAGUAAAUGAAAUCAUCAAUUAAAAACAGCAUUUUGUGUUUACUUGGGUUACCUUUGUCUAAUACUAAAAGUAGUUUGACAAUCUGAAACAUUCAAGUGUGACAAAUAUGCAAAAAUAGAUGAAACUGAAACAAUCGGGGCAAAUACUUUUUUUUCCACAGAACUGUAUUACUUUCUUUCCUUUCAGCCCAAGUUAGUAAUCAGUAUUCACAGAGUAAAAGUAGUGUAGAAAAUUUCACAAGUAAUAGAUUGGCAUUUGGCACUUUUUAUUGAUAAAUGUAGAUUUUCUAAGUGAAAAUAAGAACACAUCAUCUACAGUAAACAAAUUUAAAUACAGUAAUGGUGUUCACAUUUUAGUACAUAAUUUCUACCUAUUUGAUGACUCUGACAUAGAAAAAAAAUAAAACAACAUAUUAAAUGUGCUAUGACCUUUGUACAGGCCACAUUUUUUUUAUUUUCCUCCAAUAAGUUAAACUCAGCAAAUAAACAGUAAUUGUGCAUAAAAAAUAAAAUUGUGCAGAAGUGAGUUCUCUGUAGAGGAUGUGUUCUUAUUUUCACAUAGGAAAUCAACAAAACUUGUAUUUGAAGAAGGGCACCUUUUGCAUAUGACUUUAUAUGGUUGUCCAUUCUACUACUGUAUGCAUAAUGACAUAUAAUUUGAAAAAUCCCCUGUUGCAAAAAUGCAAUAAACAUAUUAGAUAAAACAUCAGUUUACGCAAAACAUGUUAUAAAACAAGACAUUUAUUUGAUUUUUUUCUCAGCAGCUUUUGUCAAAUUUGUUUUCCAGUUCUUUCUAUCAAUAAAAGUGUGUUCAUUUAUUUAA